UGCUAUGGGAUUUGACGUCACGUGUGCUCCUUUCGGUUUCUACAGCAACCCGCUUCCCUAAACCCCUCUUUCCUACCUCUGCUGGUAGCUUCCACAAUGGUACAGCCAGCAUCUUGCAGCACAAUGGUUGCAAGACGCUAAGCGGAGGGUGAUUCAGCAUCGCAGUCUCCGGUUUUUAAACCAGGUUUAAUAUCUGCAUUCAUUUGUUGGUGCUUUUUAUUCCAUCUUAUCACCGUCUUUGCUGUAUACGGGGGUCUUGUAUGUCGCAGGGAUGUUUUGAAGCGGACUGUCACAAGGCUUAGGACUGUCGUCAGCUGGCACGGAAUGGUAUUUAUGAGCCGACAUUUCUUAUAUUACUGCAGUGAACCAAUCCUGGAUGUAAAGAUUGCCUUUUGUCAGGUGUGUGUUCCUUACAGGUAAAAAAAGGGAUUUGGGAAACAAGUGGAUGUGUCAUACAUCGCCAAGCAUUACAAUAUGAGCAAAAGCAAAGUGGACAACCAGUUCUACAGUGUCGAAGUUGGAGAUUCUACCUUCACAGUUCUCAAACGGUACCAGAAUCUAAAGCCUAUAGGUUCUGGAGCUCAGGGAAUCGUCUGUGCUGGGUACGAUGCUGUCCUUGACAGAAAUGUGGCCAUUAAGAAGCUCAGCCGACCGUUUCAAAACCAGACCCACGCCAAGCGGGCGUACAGGGAGCUGGUGCUGAUGAAGUGUGUGAACCACAAAAACAUUAUCAGCUUAUUAAAUGUCUUUACACCACAGAAGUCUUUAGAGGAAUUCCAGGAUGUGUAUUUGGUCAUGGAACUAAUGGAUGCCAACCUGUGCCAGGUGAUUCAAAUGGAGCUGGACCACGAACGAAUGUCGUACUUACUCUACCAGAUGCUGUGUGGUAUCAAACACCUCCAUUCAGCUGGAAUCAUUCACAGGGACCUGAAACCCAGCAAUAUAGUGGUUAAAUCGGACUGCACGCUUAAGAUCUUAGACUUUGGCCUGGCACGAACUGCGGGCACCAGCUUCAUGAUGACCCCCUACGUCGUGACACGAUACUACAGGGCUCCAGAGGUCAUCCUGGGCAUGGGUUACAAAGAGAACGUGGAUAUAUGGUCGGUGGGGUGCAUUAUGGGAGAAAUGGUUCGCCACAAAAUCCUGUUUCCAGGAAGGGACUACAUUGACCAGUGGAACAAAGUGAUUGAGCAGCUUGGAACGCCGUCACCGGAAUUCAUGAAGAAGCUGCAGCCUACAGUGCGGAAUUACGUUGAAAACCGGCCCAAGUAUGCGGGCUUGGCGUUCCCUAAACUCUUCCCCGAUUGCCUCUUUCCUGCCGAUUCGGAGCACAACAAACUGAAGGCCAGCCAGGCCAGAGACCUGUUGUCAAAGAUGCUGAUCAUUGACCCUGCAAAGCGGAUAUCUGUGGAUGAGGCCUUACAGCACCCCUACAUCAACGUUUGGUAUGACCCGGCAGAGGUGGAGGCGCCUCCUCCUCAGAUUUAUGACAAGCAGCUGGAUGAGAGAGAACAUUCUAUCGAUGAGUGGAAAGAGCUCAUCUACAAAGAAGUGAUGAACUUUGAGGAGAAAACAAAAAAUGGUGUAGUGAAGGGACAGCCCUCUCCUUCAGGUGCAGCCAUGAAUAGCAGUGAGAGCCUCCCUCCAUCUUCCUCCUUCAACGACAUCUCCUCCACGUCCACCGAUCAGACCCUGGCCUCCGACACUGACAGCAGCCUGGAGACUUCUGCAGGACCCCUGGGUUGUUGCAGGUGACUAGCCGCCUGCCUGCGUCACCCGAUGUUCUUUAGAAGGUAAAGUGCAUCAGAAAUCUAAACAAUGACGAAAACGAUGAGGAAGCAGAAAAAAUAAAAGAUCAAACAAAAGCCUGCAUUUUCAUUCUAAGUACUACGUAAAAACACAUGCUGAAAUGUAUAUUUAUAAACUUAUAAUAGCUUUGCUUGUAUCUCCCUUCAUAUGGCAUUAAAGUUAGACAGACACCAUUCUGUAUAGUGUAAAUUUACUGGCUGAUAAGCAAUGCCCUGCAAGCUUUUUGUGGUACGGUGUGUGUGUGGCAAGGUGGGUCUUUGUGUUAAUUAUUUUAAAAAACAAAACAAGAAAAACAAACCUCCCCUCAAUUCCCCAAAGUUAUAGUAGUACUAAUUUCUAAUCUUACAGAUUGGAUCUAAGAGCAGAUUGGCUUGCUUGUCUGUGAUUCUUCAGGGGAAUGCUUGUACAGUGCCCAUCUUAUUUUGUAUAUAUGUAACACUGGGCGGGACUAACGGCCAGUAUGAGGACCUCUAACACACCUUGCCGCACAACCCCUUUGACCUUUGUUUCCCUUUGCCUGUAGUUCUGCAUGAUUAUAAAAAUGCGAGUUAUGAGAAGUAAGUACAAAGAAUUUUGUUUAUAUACCAGUUAAGAAAAAAAGGGGGAAAAAAAUGUAUCGAGCUGCGUCACAAACGCUGGAAUCGUAAAAUCGGAUCGUUAGCUACAGGAAGCGAAGGUGAAUUUACUGUCACUGUUGUCGCUGAGCUCAUUCCUUGGUUUAUAGCUUUUGGUUUUGUAACACGCAUUCCUCCGCAUCACUGCACUGCUGCGCCGCAUGCCAUCGCAUUAUGACAUGAGGCAGAUGUGGCAUAUAUAUGCCUGUGGUUAGAAACAGAAGUGGUUUGGACGUCGGGUCGUCCUCUGUGGAUAAAUGAGUGAUGAUAAAACUAAAUCAGGUCAAAAAAGUUUUUGAAUCCAUCUCAUUUAUUUUUGUAGCUAGUAGUCUGUUGAAACGGAUACAAAUAGAGUAUACUGACCGCACACGACCAGAAUUCUAUUGAUAUUUUUGUUUGUUGGUCUUAUUAUUUUUGUAUUUAUUUACAUCUGAAUUUGGCUAGUGCCUUUGAAAAUGUUCAUCCCAAAUACAAAGGCAACAUUGUAUCAAAGACAAGACUUGAGCCUGAAACCCGAAAGUUGAAAUCACACGAGAGUCAUAUAUUAAACCUCUGUCAACUUCAACAAUGGCAGUUUACCGCUCUCUCUUGUCAUUGGUACAUUCUGUGAAUUGAUACCCGCACCUACAGAAUAGACAUACUACCUUUGCAUUUAAUCAUAGUAUUUUUGUCUUAGUGUAGACUAUUCCAUCAGCAUCUAAGUACACUCUCUGUUUGUGUUAUGAUAAUCUUAUGUAUAAUAAUGGGUAAUAGUCAUAAUCGAAAUGUGUAAGUAAUUUUAAUUUGGGGUCUUGGCAGUAUACUUCAGUUGUAUGAUUUCAGAUACAUAGAUAUAAUUUAUGGGUAUUUUAUGAGUGUAUUAUUGAAUAUUUUUAAUAAAGGGAUGAAAACACUUAUUCCUAAUGGAUCUUGUUUUGGAUUUCUGCCGAACACUGAAAUUAACGACAUACUGAUUCUCGGAAGCUCUGUGCAGGGUGAGGCUUUCCACUGUCAUUGAUUUGUUGUUCUUUUCUUUGUCAUAUUCCAUUUUGUGUUUAAUGUUUUUCUUUUUAAUAUAAUUUCUCAUAGUGAAUGAAUGUUUAUGUUAUUAGUGUCUUUUCUUACUUUGUAAGAAAUCAGCCCAGUUAUUUAUUGAUGUUAGUUUCUGAAUCUAAAUCAAACAGAGGGACUUAAUUUGGUUCAGCUCGUGACAUGUUCUUGAUUAGAAAGGAUCAUUAUCAGAUAAUUACAGAUACAUCACCCUGUACUGGAUAAAUAGUUUGGGAGAGGUUUCUCAGUUGCAGCUGGGCUGAUUAUCUUUUAAAAAUGACCAUUUUUAUACCAUAUUGUUGAUCAGUUUCAUGACAGUUCAGUCUUUUUCACUGCAUAUUGAUUAUGUGUAUUUCGGGAACGUCUCAGAGUUCCUUGACAUGAAAUAAUCUUAAAAGGAAAUAAUUAGCUGCUCAGAACUUCAUCAGAAUGUGAUGCUUUUAAAACUCAUCUGGAAAUAUAGAAUGAAAAUAUCAUUAAAGUAUUAGCUUUGAUUUGGGAAGAUGGAUUUCAGACUUAUAUGGUGCAAAACUUUGUUUUGUCGAUUUGUUCGUUGGCUUUUUUGACAAUCAAGUUAGAUUAUUGUAGUCCUGAACAAAAAUACAUGAACUUGUUUCUUUCGUACAAAAUGCAACAUUUUUGCCUGUACAUAAUACAAAAUUACCCUCUUCUGCUGGAUUCAAAAUUUGUAAUAAUGUUUUGCCUUUAUUGGAAUCAGUAAGCAUCACAUAUGUAAAUUAAUAACGUUUUCACUAGUGACAAUCACAGGUAGGCACUAAAAAAGUGAAACAAAAUGAAAAAAAACGCGAUCAGUUGUACAUAAAAUAAUCUUUAGCUUGAUAUAAUCAGAGAAGCUCUUACUCAUAUUGUUGUAGCCUCACUAAAUGGGCUGACACAGAAUUAAUAUUUGAUUGAUAUGUAAUUUCCCAACACAAAACAUCAUUUCUGUUUCUAACCAGUUGGAUGAUUAAGUUCAUAAUAUGAUUAUGAUGCUCACAGUCAAUAAUUCUAAUAUAAUAGUUCAUUUCUAUUUAUGUAAAUUCAGGCAAGGGGAUAGUCAGUGCUGAUGGGUUGGUGAGGUGAACAGCUCAGGUUUUUCGCUCAUUUGUUCCGCUUUAUCAUUUCAGUCCUGCUUUUAAAGUAACUGUCCAUUACCUUCUAUAGCAAUUUUGCAUGGAAAACAGCUGAAACAUUGUAUAACUUUACAAUGACAAUGUAGAUAAUAUUUUCAUAAUUCAAAAGAAACACUAACAGAGGGAUUACAGUAUAUGGAGAGUCAUACAAAGAAAUUUGUAACCAGUAUAGUGCAAAAUACAGAUGGUCUAUGUUUGAAAGAACAAUCGGGGGUUAAUCAGAAGUUUCAAAGCGCUGACAGGCCUUUAUCUGUAGGAACUGGAAGAGAUCUUGAAAGAGGGAUAAGAGGGGUCUUCACACAUUUAAACCUUGUAAUCAUUUCAUUUUGAUUAUGUGUGAUUACUGUCAUUGAUUUAAGUUAGAACUGAAAUUCACUGUUGAGUGUAAUGUGCUGUUGUAUAUUUUAUAUGGAAAGUUUUUAACUGGCGAAAUACGCGUCUCAAGAAAGUACAGAUUUCAUUAACAGGUUUCAACUUUUUAGCAACAUAGCUAGUUAUAUAGGGACUGCUUUACAAUAUGGAAGGUUGUUUUUUUUUUAUUUAUUUUUUCUUAAAAAUAUAUUUUCCAGAUGUUUUCCCUAACGUUGACUGAAGUGCUUUUGGAAAAUGUGUUUCUUAGAUUAAAAUUCCCUUUCAGAUAAUUCACACUUCACAUGCAUAAUUAAACUGGAGUUUGGACCAUCUUUAUCCCAACCCAGCAUUCUACAAAAUAGACGUACCAAGGAAUGAAAUUUGAUGCCGUAUAUUAUAAUAACCAGGGCAAAUGUCUGUAAAGCCCUGGGCUAAUUAUAUAUUUUUGUGUGUAUGUUCAUCUGUGUUUUUCGACAAUUGAAAUUGUAGCUUUUGAGUUUCUUAACUCAUUUGAAGGAGUUCACUUUUAAAUGUUCAUAAGUACUGUUGUCCAAAUUUAUUGUAGUGGUUUACAACAGUACGCAAAUACUGCAGCCCGGUAGCGGGAAUAAAAAAGACAUGCAGUAUUUUGACAUUAGAUUGAGAAACCUAUUGUUGUGUAAUUUAAGCACCACAGACUGAAAAUAAAAGCUCGAGCAGGAAGCACACAGGAGUGGCCUUAAGUGUGAAACAAAUGACAUUCUUUUACUAGUCUGGUUAGUAAUUCAUAACAAAAUCAUAUGUACUUGUAUACUUUAAGACAGCCAGUUCAAUCAUAAGUAUACUAUAGAAAGCUCUUGUUUGUAUUGCUUGAACUAUAAUCCCGGCCAUUUUGUAUAUAGUUCUCACUAAGUAAAUGAAUUUAAUAUCACAUCAGAGAUCAUAUGUCAAACCUCAGCAUCAAAGCAUUUUUAACUGGCAGGAUUGAUUUAGUGUAAACAAGGCCAUUCUCUCUAUACUCACCAUACAGCAAUAUAUGAAGCACUAGUUACAAUAAUUAAUUUUUUUCAAAAAUACACAAAGGUGCAAUAAAAUUCUUAACAGAGGGUAAAACAAUUUUUUUCUCGCAGAGAAAAUAAAUGUUAAUACAAUAGUGUCAAAUUAUGUUGAUAUUUUUUCCUGUUCUUUUUUCACUCUGCUCAUUUUGUAUUGUGGAAAGGCCAUUCUGUUAAUGUUGCAUUGAAAUCUCUGCCUGUGGUUCAUGCCACGAUGCUUUGUCAAGUCUGAUGGUAGUCAGAUAUUCAGCUCCAGGCGAGUGUUUGGAUCCCAUAACUAAAUGGAAGAAAACAAAUGGCUAAAAACAACAACUGAAAACUGUUAUACACUCAGAAUUUUAAAGGUACUGUAUAAGUAAAAUAGAUAUAUGUCUGUGACUGAAAAAUAAACAAAAUCUUUGACCUUG